GGCUGCGGCGGCGCCGGCUCCCGCGCAGAGCAGGCGGCAGCGGAGGCAGCGGACGGAGCAGACGGAGCAGACCCAGGACCGAGCUCGGCACCAUGAACCCCGUCCUCAGUAUCACUCUCCUGCUGACAGGGUUGCAGGUGGCCAGCCCACAGAAGGUGACCAGCCUGACGGCCUGCCUGGAGGACCAGAGCCUGCGCCUGGACUGCCGCCAUGAGAACACCACGACCCUGCCCAUCCAGUUCCAGUUCAGCCUGACCCGGGACGCCAAGAAGCACGUGCUGCUGGGCACCAUCGGCGUCCCCGAGCACACGUACCGCUCGCGCACCAACCUCACCUACAGGAACACCCUCAAGGUCCUCUACCUGUCCGGCUUCAGCUCCCGGGACGAGGGGCUGUACGCCUGCGAGCUGCACCUGCCCGGCCAGCUGCACGUGUCCCAGAAGAACAUCUCUGUGCUCAGAGACAAGCUGGUCAAGUGCAGGGGCGCCUGCCUGCUGGCCCAGGAUGCCUCGUGGCUGCUGCUGCUGCUGCUCUCCCUGCCUCUCCUGCAGGCCAUGGAUUUCGUCUCCCUGUGACCUGUGACCUGUGACCUGUGACCGGCUGGGCCACAGAGACGCAGGAAACCACAGGCCCUGUCCGGUCAGCUUGCCCCUCCCCCAUUCCCUUAGACACCUGCGGGGGAUGGGGACCUCACCCUCAUAAGGAGUCCUGUGCUGCAUGCCAUCAUCGACCCACUCCCCACCCCCGCGCCUCCCACCUCCACACACCACUGGCUUCUCCUUCUUGCUCCAGAGCUGCUGCUGCUUCUGUAGUCCAUUCAGGGUUUUCCUGCCUUUUCUUGGGGAGUUUGUGUAAAGGACAGCCAGGCUGGGGCCUGAUGGAGAGUGAGGACGGGGAGGGGCUGUGGGGCGGAAGGGUGCCUGUGGGAGGGAGGUGUGCUUGGUGCAGAGCCUCGCAGCCCGCCCAGACUAGGGAGCUGCGGCCUGUGUCGGUAUGUGAGGGGAGAGCUGGGGCGCCUCCCCCAGCCUGAAGCCGGCCUCUUCCCACAGCGGGCCUCCCUGGGGCCGCGCCCAGGGGCGGGAGGGGUGCAGGAGGGCCCUCCUCUCCCUCCCUCAGGACGCUGGAAGGGGCCUGCUGCUCCCCCGCAGCUGAGCAGGUGUCUGUCCCAGCCCUGAGCAUCCCAGACGCCGACCCGGAGGCGGUGAGGGGCCAGGGCGCCCAGAGCCACGGGGUUUGGCCCCAGUGUUUCCUCCACCAUCGCAGCCCCCGCCGGUGCCGGAGCCUGACCCCUGCCCACAGCCUGCUCCUGGGGCCCUGGCAGCUCUGCCUCGCCCUGUGACACGCAUUGUGCCCCGCUACGGCUUCCCCGUGAGGAGGGAGGAGGUCACAAUAAACCGGCCUCUGGAACCUGUGGUCCCGGCUCCGCUCCUUCCACCACGGCCCGCCUGGCCGG